ACUUAAUCAGCAGUUUAAGUCUUUUUCUGAUCUUAGACCUUAAAAAGUAAUUUUAUCGCUUUUGAUGACCCCAAAUUAGUCCUAGCUGUGAACCAUUUAAAUAAGCUAGCGUUCACUUUAAGAAGUGGUUCUUCGGAGGAUACAGCUUCAGGUUGGAAUCCCCUGAAGCUCUAUGCCGGUUUGGGAUCUUCAGGCAUGGGCUGUACCAACAGUCUACUACACUCCAUAAUGAGAAGAAACCAUUCACGCAUCUUUUCUCACCAGCAGGAACAACUUCUCUUGGAAAUCACUGCACCGGAAGAGGGGAUGGUCACCAGCGAACCCGUUAUCAUCAUGCAGGAGAAGCCCAAACUGAUCGACCCUCUGGACUAUGAGGCUGUGAUUUCAGAGCUUGAACCUGAGCUCAGAGAAGAUCCUCUUCAAGAUCUCCUGCUAUUCCCAGACCUCGACUUCACUGCCUGUCAAUAUUACAACUCCCAGCUGCAUGUGAUCCAGUAUAAAUAUGACGACUAUGCAGGGGACUACCGCACGCUGCCCAGGAAGCUGUGUAAAUCAGAGAAGUUGCCCUCGCACUCCUUUGAGAUCGACCAUGAAGAUGUGGACAAAGAUGAGGACACAACUUCUCUGUCAUCAUCUAAAGGCGGAGGAGGUGGAGCAGGGAGUGGAGGUGCAGGGGGAAUCGGGGUUUUUAAGUCCGGCUGGCUCUAUAAAGGCAACUUUAACAGCACUGUCAACAACAGUAUCACUGUCCGGUCCUUCAAGCGAAGAUAUUUUCAGUUGACUCAGCUAACUGACAACUCUUACAUCAUGAACUUCUAUAAAGAUGAGAAGAUAUCAAAGGAACCUAAAGGCUGUAUAUUUCUGGACUCGUGCACCGGUGUGGUUCAGAAUAACCGCCUGAGGAAACACGCCUUUGAGUUGAAAAUGAACGAAGUGACAUACUUUGUCCUGGCUGCCGAGAACGAGCAAGACAUGGAUGAUUGGAUCAACACUCUCACACGCAUCCUGCAGAUCAGCCCUCCGGACGGCCCGGCUCUGGAUCGCAAGAGUGCGGACCUGAGCGACAGCAAACAAGCACUGCACAUGAUUAACACUGAUGUUGUGAUGUUUCAGUAUAUUUCUGAGACCGAGGAAUCAGCGAGAGCUGCCAGACGAGAGGAAAGACUCAACCUGUUCUCUCUGGAUCCUGAUAUUCCUGUUUUGAGGAGUCCCAGGAUGGAGUCUGCUUCUGUCCAGCCGUUCGAUGAGAAACUCGGGAAGAGACUGAUGAUCUCCUGCUGCUCGCUCAACCUCUCACUGCAGGGCUGCGUCAACGAGGCCGACACUGAGCCAGUGACUAAUGUACGAUCUCAUGUCCUUUAUCAUAACAGAAAAUUCAUUAAAAAAAAUUAUGUAGUAAGUGGAGACUUACUCGUUGAUUUUGUUCUCUCAAAUACAUUGAACUCCAAUUUCUCUGCUUGUUCCAUCCAGACUGUCCAAAAGAUGUUGAAAACCAAUAAACAAUUCUGUAGCAAACUUGGAAAGUACCGCAUGCCUUUUGCCUGGUCUGUAAGGUCAGUAUUUAAGGACAACCAGGGCACAGUGGACAGGGAAAGUCGCUUCUCUCCGCUCUUCAAACAGGAGAGCAACAAGAUUUCCACAGAAGACCUCAUCAAGCUCACCACAGAGUACAGGAGGGCAGAGAAGGCCAGUAAACUCCAGAUCAUCCCGGGAAACCUUGAAAUAAACGUGGACUGUGUUCCCAUGGAAUGUCCCAACUGUGUGACGUCCUCGUACGUGGCUCUCAGGCCGUUCGAGGACUGCGGUCUUCACGCUCCGACGGUGGAGGUGGACGAGUUCCUGCAGGACUCUUCUAAGUUUGCCCAGCCUUACAGAGUCUACAAGAAUCACAUCUACAUCUACCCCAAACACCUUAAGUAUGACAGCCAGAAGAGCUUCGCAAAGGCUCGAAACAUCGCCGUUUACGUGGAGUUCAGAAGCUCUGAUGAAGAACACGCCAAGCCACUUAAGUGCAUCUACGGAAAGCCAGGAGGUCUAGUUUUUACCACGACUGCCUGUUCCACAGUUCUGCAUCACUCACAGAACCCAGACUUUUGUGAUGAGGUGAAGAUUGAGCUGCCCACACAUCUUCAUGAGAAACACCAUUUACUCUUCUCCUUCUAUCAUGUGACCUGUGACAUCAAUGCCAAGACCAGCUCUAAGAAGAAAGAGGCUCUUGAGACUCCAGUGGGCUAUGCAUGGCUGCCUCUUCUGAAGGAUGGACGUGUUUCCUCUCAGGAUUUCAGUAUUCCAGUCUCGUGCACUUUGCCUGGUGGAUAUCUACACAUUAAAGAGCCCUCAUCCACCAAAAAUGGCUCGGAUGUGAAGUGGGUCGAUGGGGGGAAGCCGAUCUUCAAAGUGUCCACUUUGGUGCUUUCUACAGUUUAUACUCAGGACCCCCAUCUAAAUCACUUCUUCCAGCAGUGCCAAAAACGAGAGGCAGACCUCUCUCAAGCUCCUACCUCAAACUUCCUCAACUGCCUUAAAGGCCUCUUGAGUAUGGAGAGGAUUCAUGUCAUAAUUCGCUUCCUUCCUGUUAUCUUCAACCAGCUCUUUAAAGUGCUCACUCAAAACGACACUGACGAAGUGUCCACCAGCACCACCAGGGUCCUUGUCCACAUCUUAGCUAAGUGCCACGAGGAGAACCUGGGCCACUAUUUGCACUCUUACAUAAAGUUUGUCUUUAAGACUGAAGCGUGUGGCUUCAGAACGGUUCACGAAGAGUUGGCCAAGGGCAUGACCUCUGACCUGAAGAGCAACGACCAGUCGAUCAUACGCAAUAUCCUCAAGUUCUCGUGGUUCCUUCUCGAGAUCAUAGUGAAGUCGAUGGCGCAGCAUCUGCUGGACUCAAAUAAGCUUAAGCUUCCUCGACCGCAGCGAUUUCCUGGCACUUUCCAGAGUCGAUUGGAGACCCUGAUCAUGACGAUGUCCGAUCACAUCUUCUGGAAGAAUAAAGAGCUGGCAGAGGAGACACGCAGCGCUAAUAUGGCCAUAGCGGCCUUUGUGAAGCGGUGCUUCACAUUCAUGGACAGAGGUUUCACCUUCAAACUGAUCAGCAACUACAUAAACAUGAUCACAGCCAGUGACAAUAAGAUGCUGUGUGAGCUGAAGUUUGAGUUCAUAAGGGAAGUGUGUAACUAUGAGCACUAUGUCCUUCUGAGUCUUCCCAUCCCGUCUGCACGAAUCACAGACAAGGCAUCACCGGAAACCCAAAGUGCUCAGGUGGACUUUCCAGAGUAUAAUUUGACGGAAGAGUUCUGCAGGAAACAUUUUCUCACAGGAUUGUUGAUGAGAGAGCUGGGGCUCGCUUUGCAAGACGAGCAAGACCUGAGACACCUCGCCCUGGGCUGCCUGAAGAACCUCAUGGCUAAACAUUCACUGGACUCCCGUUAUGCCAUAAAGGAGAAACAGGCACGGAUAGCCUCUCUGUACCUGCCACUUUAUGGUCUGAUCCUUGACAACAUGCCUCGCUUUUUCCUCAGAGAUCUGUUUCCAAUCUGCCUGACGGCCAGUGACCAGGGUUCCAGAGAUGAUCUUAGUGUCGGAGUAGGUUUAGCAGGUCAGGUGACCCAUGUUUUACGCCAUGGGAACUCGAUGGAUGCGUCCUUAACCAAGGAAGUGCUCAACUCCAUUACAGCCUUUUCUUCAUUGGCUGUAUCAACAGCUAACAAUGCAGACUCCAGAGGCUCUCUCAUCAGCAUCGAGUCGAACCCCAGCAACAGUGACCGCAAUAGUGAGAAGAUGGAUGGAUGUGAAAAGUUUGCCAGGCCGCAGUCUCUCAUUGGGUUUGGUGCACGCUUUGACAAACUGGAUCAAGCGGAGACCAGAAGUCUGCUCAUAUGUUUCCUGCACAUCAUGAAGACCAUUUCAGAGGAGGUGCUGGUUUCAUACUGGCAUCGAGCGAUCCACCAGGAGAUCAGCGAUUUCUUCAAUAUCCUGGAACUCUGUCUCCAACACUUCCGGUUCCUUGGAAAGCGUCACAUUGCCAGGAAGCUAGCGGCCGCCGUUAAGCUGGCUCAGGCCACACAGAACAAUGGCACCCUGAAGGGGUCUAACGUGUCCUGCCAGUCUUCAGGGCUCCUACCCCAAUGGAAGAUCUCUGUACUGAUCUCUGACUCUCACGCUCUUCCUCUUCAGUUCCCGUCCACAGUUUUCCUGGGUACAGCGGAUCUGUGUGGCAGUCUGUGUUAUGAGAUCCUGAAGUGCUGUAACCAUCGCUCCAGCUCCACUCAGACCGAAGCCGCCGCGCUGCUCUACUUCCUCAUGAGGAGGAACUUUGAGUUUACGAAGGGCAAAUGCAUCGUCCGCUCACACCUGCAGGUGAUUAAAUCUGUAAGUCAGCUGAUCGCUGAUGCAGGUAUCGGUGGUUCACGCUUCCAGCAGUCUCUGGCCAUCAUCAACAACUUCGCCAAUGGAGACACGCCGCUCAAAGUGAAUCCUAAAGACCUGGACCCCAGAUUUGCCUACAUCCAGGUGACCUACGUAGUGCCUUAUUUUAAUGAGAAGGAACAGCUGGAGAAGAAGACCGACUUUGAGCGCCAUCACAACAUCAAUCACUUUGUCUUUGAGACACCCUUCACGCUUUCUGGGAAAAAACAUGGAGACGUGGAGGAGCAGUGCAAAAGAAAAACCAUCCUGACCACGAGCUCCGGUUUUCCCUUCUUGAAGAAGCGUAUCGAGGUGGUGGAGCAGCAGAGCACAGAGAUGAACCCCAUCGAGGUGGCGAUCGACGAGAUGAGCCGCAAAGUGUCUGAGCUCAAUCAGCUGUGCGGCAUGGAGGAGGUGGACAUGAUCCGGCUGCAGCUCAAACUACAGGGCAGCGUCAGCGUGAAGGUAAAUGCUGGGCCCAUGGCCUACGCCCGGGCCUUCCUCGAGGAGAAGAACGCCAAGAAAUACCCAGACAACCAAGUCAAACUCCUGAAAGAGAUCUUCAGGUACCUCAUUGUUCCCUACAUCAAGGAACGCAAAGUAUAA